AUUGUAACUUGGGAAAAACUAUUAUUGGCCGUACGAGCCACAUCGGCGAUUGAACAUCCAUCUGAAAUCUUUGUUAUCAGCGCUGCUGUUCUUAAAUUUGCGGCUCACACUGAGGCUACCGCGAUUGCUGGAAGAUUUACUCCCGGAACCUUCGCCAAUCAAAUUCAGUCGGCAUUUCGCGAGUCUCGUCUUCUGAUAGUAACUGAUCCAGCUGCAGACCAUCAUACUAUCAUUGAAUCAUCCUAUGUCAAUAUUCCAGUUAUUGCUUUUGACUCACCUGUUAGUUUUGUUGAUAUUGCCAUACCUUGCAACAAUAAGGGUCAACCUUGUAUUGGCCUCAUGUGGUGGUACUUAGCUCGAGAAGAUCUCUGAAUAAAAGGAGUCAUUCCUUGAGAAACAAACUGGGAUGUUAUUAUAGAUCUUUUCUUCUAUAGAAAUCCAGUGGAGGUUGAAAAAGAAGAGCAAGCUAAAGAUCUUAAUCUCAGAAACUCCUUCAGUUGA